UGGCGCCCGCCCCCCACGUGACCGCGGCAGCCUCGUCACGUGACGGGACUCACGCGGCCCCGCAGGAGACGGCGGCGCUCCGGCGGGAUGGCGCGGGGGCGCAGGGGGAUCCUGGCUGUGCUGGCACUGUGUGCAGCCAUCUGGAGCUGUGCCGUGGGUCUGGCCCUGGAGUGGGAUCAGCCAUUUCGGGUUCCUCCCGGCUGGGCCCCCGCUGGCCGCGUCAGCCCAGGCCAUGAAGUGCAGCUGACCCUUGCCCUCCGGCAGCAAGGCAAGGAACGCCUCGCCCAGCUUGUUGAUGCUGUCUCAGACCCCCGCUCGCUGCGCUAUGGCAGGUACCUGUCCCUGGAGCAGGUGCGGGACCUCAUCCAGCCAUCCCCAGCCACGCUCAUGGCUGUGCUGAAGUGGCUGCAGGGCCACGGUGUGGUGAACUGCAGGAGCGUGAGCACCCUUGAUUUCCUGGAGUGCAGCAUGCCUGCGAGCACGGCUGAGCACCUCCUGCCAGGGGCUGAGUUCCACCACUACGUGAAAGGCCAGCGCAGCAUUGUGCGCUCCCCGCUCCCGUACACCAUCCCCAAGGAGCUGGCUGAGCACAUCGACUUUGUGGGAGGUCUGCACAGGUUCCCUGCAGAGAGGAAGGUGGUCAGCAGAGCCUGGGCCAAGAAGGAAACUGAGCCAAGGCAGCACCAUGGAGGGAGAGUGGCUUUCCAUCUGGGUGUGACACCCUCCAUCAUUCGUAAAAGAUACAACAUGACAGGAGGAGACAUUGGGCUACUACCAAACAACAGCCAGGCCUGUGCCCAGUUCCUGGAGCAGUAUUUCCACCAGGCGGAUGUGGCUGAGUUUAUGCGGCUCUUUGGCAGCAGCUUUAGCCACCGCUCUCAGGUUGACCAUGUGGUUGGGCACCAGGGCUGGGGCAAGGCUGGGCUGGAGGCCAGUCUGGAUGUGGAAUACAUCAUGAGCACAGGAGCAAACAUCUCCACGUGGGUCUUCAGCAAUGCAGGGAGGCAUGAUAGCCAGGAACCUUUCCUGGCCUGGUUGCUGCUGCUCAGCAACAUGUCGUCGCUGCCCUCGGUGCAUUCUGUGAGCUAUGGGGAUGAUGAGGACAGCCUAUCACUAGCCUACCUGGAGCGUGUAAACGUGGAGUUCAUGAAGGCGGCUGCCCGGGGCCUGACUAUACUCUUUGCCUCAGGUGAUGAUGGCGCUGGCUGCAGAAGGGUGCCUGGUGGGAACCACACUUUCCGGCCCAGCUUUCCAGCCUCAAGCCCCUAUGUGACCACCGUAGGGGGCACGUCCUUCAAGAACCCCUUCCUGGUGACUGCGGAAGUGACAGACUACAUUAGUGGAGGGGGCUUCAGCAAUGUUUUCCCCAUGCCUGAUUACCAGACUGCUGCAGUGAGGCAUUUUCUGCGCUCAACCUCGAAGCUACCUCCCAGUUCCUACUACAACAGCAGUGGCCGUGCCUAUCCUGACCUGUCUGCUCUUUCUGACAAUUACUGGGUCGUUACAAACCGUAUCCCCCUGCCCUGGGUAUCAGGAACAUCGGCAUCCACACCAGUGGUAGGCGGCAUGGUGGCACUCAUCAACGACCGGCGCUUGCAGCAAGGGCUCUCGCCACUGGGCUUCCUCAACCCUGUUCUCUACCAGCUACAGGAGAAGGGGCAGGGUGCUGCAUUUUAUGAUGUCACGCAGGGCUGCCACCUCUCCUGCCUGGACGGCACCGUGCAGGGACAGGGCUUCUGCGCCGGCCCCGCCUGGGACCCGGUCACCGGCUGGGGCACCCCCAACUUCCCGCGGCUCCUGCGCGCCCUGCUGGUGCCCUGACGGGCCGCGCCGCACACCGGACACUGCCGCUUCCGGGAGGGGGCGGGGCUUGGGCCGGGUUCCGGGCGCGCACCGCCCGCGCCUGUUCGUCCCGUGGCGCCGCGGCGCCAGUAAUAAAGGCGCGGCGCGGCC